GCGGCCUGGCUGUGACUGUGGUUUGAACCAGUGGGAUCAGAUGCUUUUUAAUGUGACAUCAUUCAUCACAACCUCCUCUUCACAAAGGAAAGACUAGAAGUCCUUUGGCUCCUGCAACUUCUCAGCACUGAAAAAACAUGGAAUUUGUGGAUCUUGUCUUUUCUGGAAUGUGUCUGGAAACUUUAAUCAAAGACGUAAAUUACUUGUGAAUAUUGGAUUGAAUUGUACUUUCUGAAUCAGCUGCCUUGUGAUGAUUUGACUUGGGCGUGAGACGUUUCAGCCAUCCAGUGAAUUGCAGACCCGUGAUAUCCUCACCUUCCCAUUUUCACUGAACUUCAGUCUGAGGAACCUCUCAGGCUGUCUCUGCCUCUUCAGCCCUGGAUUACUUCUACCAGAGGUUUCAUGAGAUAUUUUUGACGCUGAGAUACAAUGUUUGUUGAGCUCCACUUUUGGCUGCUUGUCUCUGUUGGUCUGGAUCACUGUUUCUAAAGGAACAUACAGACCAACUCUUUGAGGUGUGAAGUUAGCAGCUACACCUUGAAAACCUGAGAGCACGGUGUGAACCCCUGACACUUGACAUUUCACCAUCAUACAGAAGCUGUCAUGGAAGCUGUGGCAGCUAGAAUGGCCAUGGUAACUGACUCCCCAAACCCAUCGCUUAGGUCGAGGACCACUGUCACAACAGACGGGGACUCUUUCGUGAGCACUGCCAGCCUUCCCUGCAGCCACUUCCUGUCAGCCAACAUCAUCAGUGUCGUGGAGAAAUGCAUGAGCUCCAUGCAGAUGGGGACCCAGAUGGUGAAGCUCCGCGGUGGCUCCAAGGGACUGGUGCGGUUCUUCUAUCUGGACGAACACAAGUCCUGCAUCCGCUGGAGGCCCUCACGCAAGAAUGAAAAGGCAAAGAUUUCCAUCGACUCCAUUCGGGAGGUGUGUGAGGGGAAGCAGUCUGAGAUCUUCCAGCGCUACUCAGAGGGCAGCUUCAACCCCAACUGUUGCUUCAGCCUGUACUAUGGAGAGCACAUGGAGUCCCUGGACCUGGUGUCCGGCACUGGAGAGGAGGCGCGAACCUGGAUCACAGGCCUCAAAUAUCUGAUGGCAGGCAUCAGUGACGAGGACAGCCUGGCCAAGAGACAGCGCACCCGUGACCAAUGGCUGAAGCAAACCUUCACUGAAGCUGAUAAGAACGGUGAUGGCAGCUUGAGCAUCAACGAGGUCCUGCAGCUCCUGCACAAACUCAAUGUCAACCUGCCCCGACAGAAGGUCAAACAGAUGUUCAAGGAGGCAGACACAGAUGAUAACCAGGGGACGCUGGACUUUGAGGAGUUCUGCUCCUUCUACAAGAUGAUGUCCACCCGCAGGGACCUGUACCUUCUCAUGCUCACCUACAGCAACCACAAAGACCACCUGGACACAGAUGACCUGGCGCGCUUCCUGGAGACUGAGCAAAAGAUGACCAAGGCGACCAAGGAACAUUGCCUGGAGAUUAUUAACAAAUUUGAGCCGUGCUCUGAGAACCAGAAACAAGGGGUUUUAGGAAUUGAUGGUUUUACGAAUUAUAUGCGCAGCCCAGCGGGCGACAUCUUCAACCCAGAGCACUACAACGUGAACCAGGACAUGAACCAGCCGCUGUGCAACUACUUCAUCGCCUCCUCACAUAACACCUACCUGAUGGGUGACCAGCUGAUGUCACAGUCCAGGGUGGACAUGUAUGCCUGGGUGCUGCAGGCCGGCUGUCGUUGUGUAGAAGUGGACUGCUGGGACGGACAGGACGGUGAACCCAUUGUCCACCAUGGCUACACCCUGACCUCCAAGAUCCUCUUCAAGGAUGUCAUCGAGACCAUCAACAAGUACGCUUUCAUCAAGAGCGACUACCCAGUUAUCCUGUCCAUAGAGAACCACUGCAGUGUUCCUCAGCAAAAGAAGAUGGCCCAGUACCUGAUUGAGAUCCUUGGGGGAAAACUGGACCUGUCUACUGUCAAAGCUAAUGAGUCUGGACGGCUGCCUUCGCCAGAAACGCUCAAGGGCAAAAUCCUCGUUAAGGGGAAGAAGCUGCCUGCCAACAUCGAUGAGAAUGCAGAGGAGGGGGAUGUAUCGGAUGAAGACAGUGCUGAUGAGAUGGAGGACGACUGCAAGCUAAUGAACGGAGACUGGAAGACAUCAGCCAACAGGAAGCAGGUGGAGAACAUGGCCAAGAAAAAGCUGGACAACCUGAUGAAGGAGUCCAAGACCCGAGAGGACCCAGACAGCUUCACCAUUGCAGCCUUCCCUCCUGCUGGGAAGCCCACAGGCAAAACUGGCCCUAAGGUUAAAAGUGAUGAUGGGACGGACACAGCGGACGAGGCUAAUCCCAGCAGCAACAAGCGUACGAGCUGUUCCUUCAUGGGGAGCUUCUCUAAACGCAAAAAGAAAACGACCAAGCUGAAAAAGACGUCCAGCUUUGAAGACACGGAUACAGACCAGGAGAGCACAAGCAGUGCCUCCCGUGCCCCCUUGCACCACAGCAAAAAGAAGAAGACCAUGAAGUUAUCCAGGGCGCUGUCUGAUCUGGUCAAAUACACACAGUCUGUGGGUCUCUAUGAUAUCGAGGCACAAGCCAGCUGCAGUUGGCAGGUGUCGUCUCUCAGUGAGACCAAAGCCCACCAGGUGAUGCAGCAGAAAGCUUCAUCCUUUAUCCACUUCAACCAGCGACAACUGUCCCGCAUCUACCCUUCAUCUUAUCGUGUGGACUCAUCCAACUUCACCCCCCAGCCCUUCUGGAACGCCGGCUGCCAGCUUGUUGCACUCAACUACCAGUCAGAGGGUCGGGUCCUCCAGCUCAAUAGAGCCAAGUUCUACAGCAAUAGCAACUGCGGCUACAUCCUCAAGCCUGCCUACAUGUGUGAAGGUGCCUUUAAUCCCCAUGUGGAGGAUCCGCUGCCAGGUCAGAUGAAGAAACAGCUGGUGCUGAAGAUCAUCAGUGGACAACAGCUGCCCAAACCCAAAGACUCUAUGUUAGGAGACAGAGGAGAGAUCAUCGAUCCCUUUGUAGAGGUGGAGAUCAUCGGCCUCCCAGUGGAUUGCAGCAAGGAGCAGACCAGAGUGGUGGAUGAUAACGGGUUCAAUCCAAUGUGGGAGGAGACUCUGGUGUUCACGGUCCACCUGCCGGAGCUGGCCCUGGUUCGUUUCCUCGUGUGGGAUCAUGACCCCAUCGGCCAGGACUUCAUCGGCCAGCGCACCAUUGCCUUCAACAGCAUGAUGCCAGGCUAUCGCCACGUGUACUUGGAAGGCAUGGAGGAGGCUUCCAUCUUUGUUCAUGUAGCUGUGAAUGACAUCGCUGGUAAGGCCAAAGCAGCCAGCGGCAUAAAAGGACUGUUUCACAGAAACCCAAAGCAGUCUUCCCUGGACAGCCAUGCUGCUGCACAGCACAGCCGUAAGCACCCGUUUGGUGCCCACCUCCUGCGCCGCACUGCCAGUGCACCCACCAAAGGCCAGCCCAAAAUCAAGAAAGGCUUCCCAGAGAUUGCCAUCGAUACCAAAGACUACAGCUCAGAGGGCGCUAGUGAGGAACGAGAAUCUGAGGAGAAAGACAAGGCCUCUGCUGCCUCCUCUCAUCAGCCCACACCACCACAGCACCACAACGGGGAUUCACUGGCAUCCCACCAAGCCCUGGGGCCCUGGGACCAUCCUGACACUAAUGCGGCUUUUCACUCUGGGGACGGUAAAGACUGUUCCACCAUGCAGACACCAGCUUCCCCUCUUCAUCUUCUUGCACUAAACUCUGAAGACGCUAGUAACACAUGCUUUGCCCACUCUGUCUCCACUCCAGAAGAAAGCCUGUCUUCACAUCACUCCUUGUCUGUACCGCUGCACUCACCAUCCAUAGCAAUAAAUGCAGACUCCCCAAUGACUGUUCUUUCAAAUGGAGUUUCAGACAGUCCUGUCAAGUUGCACGGAGACCCUAAAAAACCUCCUGUUGUUUGCAGAACUUCGUCACUCACUCUGACAAACCCUACUGAGAAAUUUGUACCAUCCCAGUGCAGCCAAGACACCCAGAUCUCAUCAAAGCAGAGGGAAGAUCAAGAAUUUCAGACAGAAAAGAGAAGUGACACAGCACAGUUGAUGUCUAACCACAGAGCAGAGUCUCCUGCUGCAUCAGUGUCCCCUGGAACCUCUGCAGUUGCUCCAGCACAGACAGCCCAGGCCAGAAGAGCACUUUUUAGCAAUCUGAUGUUAAGCGCACCAGUAAGAAGAACAAAAAGUGAAGGUCAUGUUCGGAUGGCUGUAGCCUCAGCUGGGCAGGCCCAGUCACCAGUACCUGAGGUCUGCACGGAUGCUACUAUGAAUGACCGCCUUUGGAUCAAGCUGGAGCCAGGCAGCCACCGUGACAGCAUGUCCUCCUCCUCUAGUAUCUCUUCCAAUGACACUGUCGUUGACCUGUCCCUGCCUAACCUAGCCAGGAAGAGCCUCACCAGCCUGCCAACAGCCAGCAGCACCUGUGACCCUACCUGGAUCAGCUGCCGUCACUCAGCAUUAGUUUCCCACGAUGCCCUGCGAGUCAGCAAGAGCAAGUCAAACCCUAAUCUUCAGCAAAGCGAGUGCCCCAAAGAUGAGCUCAAGCCCUGCCCCCUGCAACCCCCUCAAGAAGCUUCUCUGGACACACCCAGGAGAUUAUAUCAAAGGAGGCACACCUGGAACCGGCUCUACAUGGAAGGGCUCAAGCAGUCAUCAACCAGGAGGCCAUCCUCAGCAGUUACGACCCCAACAGAUACAGCCUCUAUGUCCAAAAGCCUUGGAGAUCUGACCUCUGAUGACAUUUCCUGUAACUUUGAAAGCAAGUACCGCAGCAUUAGCCGCAGCUUCACUGUUAGGCCAACCAGGGACCAGCUCCGCAAGGGUAGUCCACAGAAGUCUCGACCACCCAGCGACUUGGCUGAGCAACUUCGGAAGCUGACUGACGUGGAGCCCCUGACUGCUAGUGACUUUGCCCCAGAAAACAGGCCUAGAGAGUCACAGGAGGAGCCUAUGGAUGAGACCCUGGUGCGAAGGACCUCCUCUAGGAGCCAAAGUAGGGUGCGCUACAUUGCAAACAGGGCUAAGAAGGCCCAGGAAAGGCAGAGACUCCAGGGGCUGCUCCAGGGCAGGAGUGCAAGCUUUAGCCUUACUUGUAGCAUUGGCAGUGAAAGUAGUGCUAGUCCUGUUGAGGAGAGGGGAAACCCUGAAGGGGCGUGUUGCGUAGCCCGGAGUCCCUGCACCAGUCUGGACCUGCUGAGUCAGCUCACCCCCCUAGGUUCCCCCUCUCCUAGACAGUCCCAGUCCUCCCCAGACUCUGAAAACAAUGACGUCUUUUUCAUGAUCAAUCUCUAAGAACUGGCUGACUUGGAACUGAGUGUGACAGGGACAGCUAGAAACCCGUUUAGAAUACAGUCCGGUUUUCUCAAGUAGAAAUCUUGUUUCAUAUAUUGCAGAAUAUCUCACAGAAAACUUUCAUAAUGCAGAUUAUUUCAGCAUGUCACAGAUAGCUGUGAUAUACUGAAUUCAUCAUGAACAAUCACAUUUUGAGGUUGUGCAAGAUCCAUUUUUUUAACCUGUGCAUUCAGAAAACUGUCUUUCAGCUAACAAAGGAUUCUUUUAAAAGCAACUAUUAUAGCUCUGUCAUCUGUUUGCACCACAUGUUAGAAAAUUGCCAGAAUGUAUUUAGUGAAAAAUACCGAGAGUUUUUAUAUGGCUGUUUAGGUUGACUGCUCUCAUGUCUGAGAAUUUUUUUGAAACUUUACAAGAGCAUACGGUAGCAAUAGAUCACAACUAGAGGGCAGGAUUUUAAAUAAUUCUUUUAUUUACUUGAACUGUAAUGGCAUAUUUAACUGAACUGAAAUUUAGAUACUUUAGGUCAGAUUGUUUAUAUCAGCCCACCCAUCCAUUAGCAAUAUUCUGAAAAUGAUGGCAUGGUAUAAUAUUGAAGAUAAUGUACUGUUUGAUGAUAAAAGCUAUGGCAUGUCUUGUGUUUUUGCUGGAAAAAUGGAAACAAAUGAAUCCUUCAUUGCAGGAUGAAUUAUCUUAAUUUUUUAGUGUUUUUGUAGUGGUUACAUUGUAAUUUGACCAAGCUGCCAUUAUUUUACUAACCUUCAUGAUCUAUGGCAUGUCACAGCACUCCGAUCCUGUAAUAACAGUGUUAGAUGCUCAGUAUCAAGUUUAGCCCUUUUGAAUUGACUGCAUGUCUUUUACUGUACUUUAAUGUUCAUCCUAUGGCUGUUUACAAAGGCUUUUUAAUGAAGUAAAUAUUCCAAACUUCUUUUUUGGAUUGUCUGACGGUGGUCAUAAGAGCAUCAUGUCGGUAACCCAGUGUCCCCAUUGGUCUUACUGAGACACAAUGGAAAUGAUUUGUUUUGAAGCACGUUUAUUUGUUGACCUGCUGUAUUGUUUGCACUGCCAUGCCAGUUCUUUGUGCAAAAUUUUAGGGACAAUAUUUAAUUCAAACAAUGUGUAAUUAUGACCUGAAUAAA